AUGGAUCGUCCUAUUGAUGACAUCGUUAAAAAUCUUCUCAAGUUUGUCGUGAGAGGUUUUUAUUCGAAAACCUAUGUUCUCAUUGUCGAUGCAAUCCUUUUCCAUUCUGUCCUUUCCGAAGAAGAUUUGGCACACCUUUUGGGGAUCAAAAGACCUGAGCUACGUUCCCUGCUUAAUAAGCUUCUAGAAGAUAGAAUUAUUGCCGUGCAUUCCCAGCAGGAGUUUCAAUUCAACUCGAGAAGUAUAAAAAGAUACUACUACUACAUCAAGUAUCCUCAAGCCAUUGACGCAAUAAAAUGGAAAGUUCAUCAAAUCGUUUCUAUGUUAAAAGAUGAUUUAGAUAAAAACUCAGCUCCUCAAGGAUACAUGUGUCCUAUAUGUCAAACAAAAUACACGCAGCUGGAGGCGGUAUCUUUGUUAAAUUAUGAAAAGACGCAAUUCUUGUGCAGUCUCUGCGAAGAACCAUUAGUCGAAGAUGACUCUGGGAAAAAGUCCAAAGAAAAACAGAUCAAAUUAAAUAGGUUGAUGGAUCAGGUCCAGCCAAUAAUUGAUUACCUUAAAAAGAUCGACGACUCGCGUAUUGAGGAAAACACUUUCGAAACUUCUCUUGCUAGAUUGAUUCCACCACAGAAUAACUCUGUUGCAUCAUACACGGUUAAUCCACGGGCGAAAAAGAGUCAAAUGUUUACUCCGGGCGAAGUUAGUGCUUCUGGUCUCGACAACGCUAGUAGUAGGCGUGCUGGAGCUAAAUCGCAAGCAACCCUACAUGUCAAUAUUACCACUGCAAGCGAUGAGCAAGCACGCAGUGAACUUCAAGAACGUGAGAUGGAAGAAAAGAGAAAACAAAAUGCGCUACCAGCGUGGCAUGGGCAAAGCACAGUUGGCAAAACUGCAUUAGGAAGGCUGGAUGGGGAAGAAGAUGAGGCUUCUACUGUCCAAGUUCCUGAAGAGGAAAACAAAGAAAAGAAACCACAAAUAGUUGAAUCAAACGGCCACUUGCAUGACUCCGAAACGGGUGAGCCAGCACAACCGCUCACUCAAAAAGAAAUUGAGGAUAGAGAAGCUGAAAAGACUCUGGCCGACUACUACUCACAGCUAGCAAUGAAGCAAGCAUUGGAGGAUGAGGAAGACGAGGAAGAUGCGGAUGAAGAGGAGGACGAGGAAGUUUUCGAAGAUGUUUCAGAUCGUGAAAACAAUAACUCGGAGAGCGGUGAACUCGAAAAUGUUGAGCUGCAGAAUGUCACUCCCAAAAAAGAGGAAAAGAAGCAUCCUAACGAUGAUGAGGAGGACGACAUGGAUGCUGAAUUUGAGGAUGUUUAG